UGCAUUGUUGUUGAAGUCGAUAACAGGUUGGAUGAAUCUAACGCGAUCGACCAAUCAAACGCGGGCGUGGCAUCACGCAUGCUCGGGAUUUAAUUGGGCCGAGGGAAUGUUUGUGAAACGCUCAGUACAGUCAGACUGGUUCUGCAGUAGGGCAGCUGGCAAAACAUGUGCGAGCAAGGUCCCCUACUCUGCUGUGCGGGCUGCCGAUAUCCCAUCGUCAACGAACCGAUUCUAGAGGCUCUCAACGGCGAGUGGCAUGCCAGCUGUUUCAGGUGCUCGGUGUGUAACCUGAUUCUGACGACCUGGUACUUUGAGAAGGAUGGGUACCUGUACUGUAGGAGGGACUACUGGGCCAGGUUUGGCCAGGCGUGCCAUGGCUGUGCACAGGUCAUCACCGGGCCCAUUAUGGCCGCUGGUGAGCACAAGUACCACCCAGAGUGCUUCUUGUGCAUGAACUGUAGCAUCUACAUCGGUGAUGGCGACACGUACGCACUGGUGGAGAGAUCCAAGUUGUACUGCGGGCCCUGCUACAGACAUCUCAUCAUCACACCGACCAAUCACCAGAAGUCUCCAACUAAUCACAUCCCUCACACGGUGUCACUCGUGGAGGGUAAUUUUCCCAGAGAACAAAUUUUGCUUGGAUAUUGUAUGGUACUUCAUGUGUGAUCCCCUUGCAGCGGGCCCUGCUAUAGACAUCUCAUCAUCACACCGACCAAUCAACAGAAGUCUCCAACUAAUCACAUCCCCCACACGGUCUCACUCGUGGAGGUCCAGCCCACUCCAGACGGCAGCAAGAGAUUCUCCUACGAGAAAACAGAAGGUCGAAGGAAGAGCCUUCGUGUGAAGGAGGUAGACCCCCUGAGCCCUGAUCUUCAUCUCCAGCCAGGGGAUCGCAUUCUGGAAGUCAACGGUACACCCAUCAAGUCUGCCACAUGGGACGAGGUUGAGAGCAUUAUCCAACAGACUUCCCAGCCGCUACAGCUUACAGUGGAACACGAUCCUCACUACCGAGAGCAGGAUGGCUCGUCCGAGGGAUACUGUUCGGCGCCCACCUCCCCCUUACAGAGAACCAAACUCACCAAGUCGUACAGCGAGAGCCAGUGUUCCAGUCCGGAGGUGGAGGGGAAGAAAAGACGGUCGCUAGAGAGAACAAUGUCAAUGCCUGGCUCUCCAGAGAUAAACUACCGAGGCAGCAGGACCCUGUCUCCAAUGAGAAGAGAGCUGAACAGAUCAGAGUCAUUCAAACCGCACAAAACCAACACCAGAAUUUUCCGUCCUUGUGACUUGGUGCAUGGGGAGGUGCUUGGCAAGGGCUUCUUUGGACAAGCUAUCAAGGUCACACACAGGGAGACUGGGGAGGUCAUGGUCAUGAAGGAACUGGUCAAGUUUGAUGAAGAGGCUCAGAAAAACUUUCUUAAGGAGGUUAAAGUGAUGAGGUGUCUUCACCAUCCCAAUGUUCUCAGAUUUAUUGGGGUUUUAUAUAAAGGAAAGAAACUCAACCUUGUCACGGAGUACAUCGAUGGAGGAACUCUGAAAGAUAAACUUAAAGACAUGGCUGAGCCUCUGCCUUGGAUCCAGAGAGUAAGAUAUGCAAAAGACAUUGCAACAGGGAUGGUAAGUGCUGUAAAUUUGCUCAUUUUUGCAGGGACUCAGUUUUGCUGUAUUUCAAGUUUGCGGUCAAAACAAUUCUGUAGUUACAGUAUGCAUGUUUGCAUGGUCAUAAAUUCCCCAUUAAGAGGUGUAAGAAGGGAUACCCAAGAAAUUGUGGUGGCAGACUUUGGACUGUCCAGAGUAAUUGUGGAAGAAAAGGAAGAAUUAAGAGCUCCAAAUCUCAAGGCGGAGAGAAGAUUUAAGAAAGGGUCUCCCAAGAGGAAGAAGAGGUACACAGUGGUGGGGAACCCGUACUGGAUGGCUCCGGAGAUGCUCAGAGGAAAGAGUUACGAUGAGAAAGUGGACCUGUUCUCAUAUGGAAUUGUGCUCUGUGAGAUAAUCGGCAGAGUGAAUGCGGACCCAGACUACCUCCCCAGAACAGACGACUUCGGGCUGAACGUGGAAGUGUUCCGGAGCAAGUUCUGCCAGGACUGCCCCUCCCCAUUCUUUGAGGUCGCUGCCAUGUGUUGUGAACUUGAUCCAGAGAAAAGACCGGACUUCUAUCAGGUGGAAAACUGGUUUGAGUCGUUGUGCUUACAUCUGGAGCACGGGAUCCCGCUGUCAUCAGAGAUGAAGUGUAUCCAGACGAGCAGCCAGGCCAGCUAUGAUCACGAUCAGGGUGCUGUUUUCAUGCCUAGCAUCACAGUCAUGUUUGAUGAUGAUGUCAUCAACCUAUAUUAUGCCCCAGACUUUGAGUUGGUAUGUUUGGAAAUUAAGCCAAAGCCUGAAAAUGUAGAAAGCUUUUUAACAGACAGAAUCAACAAAAUUUCUUCCCUGAACCAGAUGCAACUGUACAGAAAGUGCCUGGUGCUGGAGGCACCUACUUUUAGCAUUUAGUUAUAAUUAAGAGCUAUAAAUGAAGAAAAAAAUUCUCUUCUUCCGAAUUGUAUACAAUAACCAGUAAUUGACCAUGCCUGGUAGACUCUUAAGCAUGAUUCAGGCUGACAAAUUGGAACUUGAAAUUACUAACAAAGGUUUAAGGGGUUCAGUGGACAAUGAAUAAGGUGUAACUGUUAUCAUGAUGAUUGUACUAGAUACAAAAUGUACUUCUUGUUAUUAGUGACAAUUGUGCCAUUGUCCAUUGCACUCUUCGGCUAGAUCUUUUGAUUGGAAAGCAUAAGUAUCAAUUUGCAAACCAGCAAGGCUGGAAAUGCUCGAAGCGAAGACAAUUUCGUUAAAAAUUUUGUAUUUCAGGCUUGUACAAUCAUGAAAAAAUGUGUGGAAAAUGGAAAGGAUUUAUGAAAAAUAUCUGUGGAAAAAGUAAUGCUACUUUUAAGCCAUUCAGUACUAAUAGUUUUGCCAUGACUUUCUUGUGAACGUAUUUAUUUUUCUUGACAGUAAAAUACUGUGAAUGGAGCUUGAGCCUUUGUAUAGAAGACAGUGUGCUUUGUCUUAUGAAAGUAUCUGUUCAUUUGUUCCAUGGCUGUAAGAAUAAAAAUGCUGAUAUGUUGCAAA